UUUUUACUUUAAGAGCAAUAACUCCUCCCCCUUUUCUCAGUUUUUCCAUCAAAAGACAUUGUUGAAAGCCAUCCCUUCCACAUCUAGACACCCGCUGGUCCUCCGGGAGGGAAGGAGGCUGAUCAGGAGGUGCAGAUCCCGACACGCAAACCUUUUCACUGAGAAACCCUGUCAACCCACACUCUUCUGAAGAAGUCCUUCCCAGACUCUGCUACGGGCGACCAUGGCCAAGAGGGUGGCCAUCGUUGGAGCUGGCGUCAGUGGCUUGGCCGCCAUUCGGUGCUGUCUGGAGGAGGGGCUGGAGCCCACCUGCUUUGAGAGGAGCGAUGACAUUGGAGGGCUGUGGAAGUUCUCGGAGCACGCAGAGGAAGGCAGAGCCAGCAUUUACCGGUCCGUCUUCACCAACUCUUCCAAAGAGAUGAUGUGCUUCCCAGACUUCCCGUACCCCGACGACUACCCCAACUACAUGCACCACAGCAAGCUCCAGGAGUACCUCCGGGCCUUCGCUCACGCCAAGAGCCUCCUAGGACACAUCCGGUUUGAGACUCUAGUUACCAGUGUCAAGAAAUGUCCUGGCUUCCUAGUCACUGGCCAAUGGACGGUGGUUACUGAGAAGGACGGGAAGCAGGAAUCUACUGUUUUUGACGCUGUGAUGAUUUGCUCAGGACAUCACGUGUACCCCAAUCUGCCAACGGAUUCUUUUCCUGGCCUGGAGCAGUUACAAGGCAACUACCUCCACAGCCGUGAUUACAAGGGCCCAGAAGCCUUCAAGGGGAAGAGGGUCCUUGUGAUCGGCCUGGGGAACUCGGGAUCCGACAUUGCUGUUGAGCUCAGUCGUCUGGCUGCACAGGUCAUUAUCAGCACCAGAAGUGGUUCCUGGGUCAUGAGCCGGGUUUGGGAUGACGGCUACCCUUGGGACAUGGUGUAUGUUACCCGCUUUGCCUCCUUUCUCCUGAAUAUCCUUCCAUCAUUUGUCUCUGACUGGUUAUACGUCAAGAAGAUGAACACGUGGUUUAAGCAUGAGAACUAUGGCCUGGUGCCUUUAAAUCGUCCCCUGAGGAAAGAGCCCGUGUUCAAUGAUGAGCUCCCGUCCCGCAUCCUGUGUGGCACCGUGUCCAUAAAGCCCGGGGUGAAGAAGUUCACAGAGACCUCCGCCGUGUUUGAGGACGGGACAGUGUUUGAGGCCAUCGACUGCGUCAUCUUCGCCACAGGCUACGGUUAUGCCUACCCCUUCCUUGACGACUCCAUCAUCAAAAGCAGGAACAACGAGGUCACCUUGUACAAAGGCAUCUUCCCCCCUCAGCUCGAGAAGUCCACCUUGGCUGUGAUUGGCCUGGUCCAGUCCCUGGGGGCUGCCAUCCCCACAGCGGACCUGCAGGCCCGCUGGGCUGCGAAAGUGUUGGCAAACUCAUGUACCCUACCAACCACAAAUGAAAUGAUGGAUGACAUCGAUGAGAAAAUGGGGAAGAAACUAAAGUGGUUUGGCCAGAGCUGCACUUUGCAGACAGAUUACAUCACUUACAUGGAUGAGCUGGCCUCCUUCAUAGGGGCCAAGCCUGACAUAGCGUGGCUCUUCCUGACCGAUCCCCGGCUGGCCCUGGAGGUCUUCUUUGGCCCCUGCAGUCCCUACCAGUUUCGGCUGAUGGGACCAGGGAAGUGGGAGGGGGCCAGAAAUGCCAUCCUGACCCAGUGGAACCGGACACUGAGGCCAACCAGGACAAGAGCCGUCAGCGAAGCUCAGCAGCCCCAUCACUUCUACAAUUUGCUUAAAAUGCUUUCAUUCCCGCUGCUCCUUCUGGCUGUGUGGCUCACAUUUUAUUCAUGAUAAGGUCCUCUGGGUCUCAGAGUUCUGCCCAGGACUUUAAUCCCCAAAUAAGACACUGAGACACACAAUCAAUCACCAGGUAGCCCCUCCUUCCCUUCCUACAGAUGGGCAUUUGAACAAAGUGG